UGACCACUGUUGCCAUGAGGCUUGUGCACAGCCUCACACAGAGUACAGCACAGGGACAGUACGUGACCGACGGCAAGCCUCCCCCACCGAGACCAUUAAAGAUGUGGUCAUCGAUACGCAAAGAGUUUUAGAUCAGUGGUCAGGGUGGCAUAUCCACUGACAGGCACGUUAUUACUCAUCAGCCACAGUUCCGCAGAUUGUGUUUCAAGUGUUAGGAAGCUCCCGAGUCGCCCUCGAGGCGUUUGUGUCACUGGUGCGCGUGGGUCCAUCUGUCUGCCAUCAGUGGAGAGGCAGCCUACCUGCUGAGCAAGAAGAGCGAGGACACGGAGACCUGGACCUGGUCCUUCUUGCAUGAGAGGAGUGUGAAGCGGUGAAAACUGACUGCCAAAAGAUGUCACACCAAACCGGAAUUAACGCAACAUCUGAGCUGAAAGAGUUUCUGGCCCAAGCGAGGGGAGGUGCCAUCAGAAUAAUGAAGAUCAUCAUCAGAAAUGAGGAGUUGGUGCUAGAUUCCUGCAGAGAGCCGGCACAGAGCUGGGACAAGGAUUACGAUCAGUUCCUGCUUCCUCUGCUCACACCUCAGGAGCCCUGCUACAUCCUCUAUCGUCUGGACUCCCAGAAUGCACAGGGAUACGAGUGGAUCUUCAUCGCUUGGUCACCUGACCAGUCACCAGUGAGGCAGAAGAUGGUCUAUGCAGCGACUCGUGCCACACUGAAGAAAGAGUUUGGAGGAGGUCACAUCAAAGAUGAAAUGUUUGGGACAGCCGAGGAUGACCUUUGCUUCCAGGGAUACCUGCGACACAACUCCUCCUGCUCCUCCCCAGCUCCUCUCACAGCAGCUGAGCAGGAGCUACAACGAAUUAAAGUCACAGAGGAUAAAGUUGUAUGGGAUGAACGCAGACGAAUUGGGACUCCAACAGCACGAGCGAGGGUCACAAUGGAGUUUGGCUUAGACAAAAGGGCACAGACUCUUCAGGGUCUUGCGUUCCCUUUACAAGAAGAGGCCAAACGAGCUCUGCAGCAACUCAAGCAGAAACGCAUCAACUACAUACAGCUGAGGCUGGAUGUAGAGAAAGAAACCAUUGAGCUGGUUCACACCAAACCUACAGAAACCCAUGAGCUUCCUUACAGGAUUCCCACAGAUUCGCCCAGAUACCACUUCUUCAUCUUCAAACAUUCCCAUCAGGGCCAGCUGCAGGAGGCGCUGGUGUUCAUAUAUUCGAUGCCUGGCUACACCUGCAGUAUCAAGGAGCGGAUGUUGUACUCCAGCUGUAAGAACAGGCUACUGGAUGAGGUGGAGAAAGACUACCAGCUGGAGGUCACCAAAAAGAUGGAAAUAGACAGUGGUGACGGUCUGACAGAAGACUUCCUAUAUGAGGAGGUCCACCCGAUGGAGCACACCUUAAAGCAGGCCUUUGCCAAGCCCCGCGGACCAGGAGGGAAGAGGGGCAACAAACGCCUAAUCAAGGGUGCGGGGGAGAACGGGGAGGAAAAUUAGACACCACACACACUCAAAAAUGCACAAGCAAACUGACACAAUAUCUAAGAAUUGACUUAUUAUUUGACUAUUUAGCUUCUAGCCAUUGCUUCGUCAUUUUUACUUGAACAAAUACCUUUCCCACUGAAAAUGAGAAUCCACCGUAAAGCAGAACAAGUUCAAAUGUAAAGUUCCCAGGUCUGACCAGUUUUACUAAAGUGUUGCAUCAUCUUGCAGAUGUAAAUUAAUUGUCGCGCAACCCAAGUUUUGGUCCCCCCCAAAAUUAAUUUAACUUCUAGCAGAGAUCUUACUGUUUCAAAAUACACCAAAUAUGUCUAGUUGUGUAAAAUAGUGCGCGCAAUUUCGAAAAUGUUUCCGGUGAAUGCAGCAGAGAAGCAACAAACUACAUGGAACAGGGAGUUCAGAUGUAAAUUGAUACAGUUCUCAGUUCUGUCUUUUCGGUGUGAUGCUACAACCAGCAGCCAGUUAGCUUACCUGAGCAUAAAUACUGGUAACGGGUUAAACAGCUAGCCUGACUCCACAGAAACAAGGCGUCAAAAAAAGACACGUUGAAGUUGCCGAUGUGUCGAAUUGUUCCUUGAUCAGAGGCAGUGACAUCUUGGAGUCUUGUUGUCACAGUGAGCUGCGACUUUGGAUGAAAACUGGAUGUUAAAAGAUUAAAUUGUACCAUUAAAAACAUUAAGGCCUCAUAUUUUCUUAACAGUUUGAAUUUGCCAAUUUCUCAAUGAAAGCAGUGUUACCCAUUCAAGUCCCCACGUCCUCAGUCUGGGCUCUAAUCGAUUCAGCUCCUCAAGAUCAGUGAGAAAUUGUUGUGACAUUUCUACUUUAGGGUGGAUUAUUCUUCAUGUUGCCUAUGCUGUUCCCACAGAUCAUGCUUUACCACACAUAAAUCCAUCCACGUUACAUUUACAGUUGCCUUCAUCAGUCACCUGAUGGAGGUUUGACUGCACUCAGAAGAAGGCUGUUGUUUUACAUGGUUCUGCAAUAAAGAAUUUUCUGUA